GGUCUUUCUGUUCUCUCUCUAGGGACCACACACAAGUUAACACUAAUAUUAAGGUUUAACAUGUCAGCAAACUCGUGUCCCUCGCUUCCUGCAUCUCCUGUAAAGGCUAGCUGUAUGUACUUCCUUCUAUUCUCCUUCUUUCUGUAACCUCUGAUUCAGCUUUACUUUGAAAACAGGAAACAAGGCUCAAGGAAUUAGUAUUCCUUCUAUCAUGGGAGUUUGUUUAAGCACCAAAACUAAAACUGGGUUAAACUCAAAGAAUGUGAGUGCCUAUGCCAAAGAUCUCAGCAAUCCAAGUAGUAAAGUUAUAAAAGAACUCAGUAGCACAAUUAGUAAGGUCUCAGAGGUUUCUGUGCCUCAGACUCUUCAGAGUGAGGGUGAGAUCUUGCAUCCAUCCAAUCUAAAGAGCUUUAGUUUGACAGAACUUACAGCUGCCACAAGAAAUUUCCGUAAGGACAGUGUAUUAGGAGAGGGUGGUUUGGGAUCAGUUUUUAAGGGUUGGAUUGAUGAUCACUCACUUUCUGCAACCAAACCUGGCACUGGGAUUGUUGUUGCUGUGAAAAGACUUAGCCAAGACAGUUUCCAAUGUCACGAGGAGUGGUUGGCAAGGCACGGUAUGACUCAGGAAGAAAGUCUCAAGGAUGAAGUAAACUGUCUAGGGCAGCUUUCUCAUCCUCAUCUAGUGAAAUUAAUUGGAUAUUGCUUUGAAGAUAGAGACCGUCUUCUGGUAUAUGAAUUUAUGCCUCGUGGUAGCUUGGAGAAUCACUUGUUCAUGAGAGGCUCAUAUUUUCAACCUCUUUCUUGGGGCCUGCGUUUGAAAGUCGCUCUUGGUGCUGCCAAAGGGCUUGCAUUUCUUCACAGUGCUGAAACAAAAGUGAUAUAUAAAGAUUUCAAGACCUCAAAUGUCUUGCUGGAUUCACAUUACAAUGCAAAGCUUGCUGAUUUGGGGCUCUCAAUGGAAGCACCUACACGUGACAAAAGUCGUGUCUCCAGUAGAGUAAUGGGAACCUAUGGAUAUGCAGCUCCAGAAUAUCUAGCCACAGGUCAUGUGAGUGCUAAGAGUGAUGUCUUCAGUUUUGGAGUUGUUCUGCUAGAACUGUUAUCUGGUAGGAGGGCUGUGGACAAGAACAGACCAUCAGGGCAGCACAAUUUGGUGGAAUGGGCAAAGCCAUACAUGGCAAACAAGAGAAAGCUUCUGCGUGUGUUGGACAACCGUCUUGAAGGUCAAUAUGACAUAGAUGAAGCUUUUAAGGUAGCUACCCUCUGUCUGCGAUGCCUUGCAACAGAAUCCAAGUUGAGACCAAACAUGGACGAAGUUGUCACAGAUUUGGAGCACCUGCAGGUUCCGCAUGUGCAUCAUAAUCGUUCUGUGAAUACCUCUCGUAGUCGUAGGAAAAGUGCUGAUGAUUUAACUAAUGGUAGAAGCGCUAAAGCUUCACUUUCGCCUCUCUCACAUGACAUUGCAAAUACACGUCCUUGAAAAUUGUGUGGUACCGCAUAAACUUGAACGCGUUCAUAUCACAAAUGUUUAUGUUAUAGGCUUUACAUAUCUUAGUAUUAUUGCUUGUACAUAUUCUAGGUUCUGUCUGUAACAUAACCUUAGCUAACAUAUCUGGAACUGCAGAAACUUCCUUGUGUAACUCUGGUUAGCUCAAUUUUGUUGUUUUUUCACUAUUGGUAA